CACGGCAUUCGACGGCUGGCUGACGUGCAGCGGGUUUAUAAGUGGGCUCCAGCGCGGGCACCAGCCUCACUGCCAACAUGAAGCUCCUCCUGAUCUUUGGAUUUGUGGCUGUUGCCUUGGCUGAGCUCACCCACUUUGAGGGUGAGAAGGUCUUGCGUCUGAAGCCUACUCUUGAUGAACAUGUGACCCUCAUCAAGGAUCUGGCCCAGAGCAUCGAGGUUGAUUUCUGGAGCCCCGAGAGCGCCGAGCUGGUGACCAUCGACAUUGAUGUGGACAUCAGGGUGUCCGCCGUGUACCUGGACAUGGUUUCCACCAUGCUGCAGCAGAGUGAAAUGGAACACCUUGUUCUCAUCGAGGAUGUGCAGGCCGCUGUGGAGAACCAGGCUGACAACGGACCCUCCCCCAGAACCCACAGCUACACCAAAUACAACAACAUGGACAAAGUCCAGGCCUGGAUCGCUUCCAUUUCCGCCUCCAACCCCAACCUCAUCAGCAAGCAGGUGAUCGGAAACACCUACGAGGGUCGUCCCAUGAAUCUUCUCAAGCUUGGUAAGAAGUCCACCCGCACCAAGCCCUCCAUCUUCAUGGACUGUGGAAUCCACGCCAGAGAGUGGAUCUCCCCCGCCUUCUGUCAGUGGUUUGUUAAGGAGGCUCUGACCACCUACGGCAGCGACGCCCAGAUGACCAGCCUGCUCGACCAGAUGGACGUCUACGUUCUGCCCGUUUUCAACAUCGACGGCUACGACUACACCCACAAGAAUAACAGGAUGUGGAGGAAAACUCGCUCCAGGAAGUCUGGAUCCAGCUGCAUCGGAGCUGAUCCCAACAGGAAUUGGAAUGCUGGCUGGUGCACCAUGGGCGCCUCCAGCAGCCCCUGCAGUGACACCUUCUGUGGCUACAGUCCCGAGUCUGAGAUCGAGGUCAGGAACGUCGCCGACUUCAUCCGCAGAAACAAGUCCAACAUCAAGGCCUACCUGACCAUCCACUCCUACUCCCAGCUGCUGCUCUUCCCCUACUCCUACACCUACAAGCUGGCUGCAACCCACAGUGAGCUGUUGAAGGUUGCUGAAGGAGCCUCUGCUGCUCUGCGCAGUCUGUACGGCACCCGUUACACCAGUGGACCUGGUGCUACAACCAUCUACCCUGCUGCUGGAGGUUCCGAUGACUGGGCCUACGACCUGGGAAUAAAAUAUUCCUACACCUUUGAGCUGCGUGACACCGGCCGCUACGGCUUCUUGCUGCCCGAGUCUCAGAUCGAGCCCACAUGUAAGGAGACCAUGCUGGCCGUCAAGUAUAUCGCCGCCUACGUGCAGAAAAACCUCUAUUAAAAGAGCGGAACUGCCAGGACCCCUGCCAUCUCAGCUCCUCUGUAACCGCCCACCCCCCCCAGCACCAUCCAGUCAGUAUCCAUGGUUACGUGCCACCACCCGCCAUGUUUCCUUGCUGUGCUUGACAGAAUGUCAAGAUGAGUGCAAACAAUAAAAUCAAUGAUCCAUCCACACA